AAGAAGAAGACAGAAUUCGAUAGGGCAUUCAGUAACACACAAAAAAAUCCAAUGUAAGUUACUAUGUUUGCAAUUUCAGCAAAUACAAUUACUCAUUUGCAAUCAGUGAAUUAAAAGCUGCACACAUUUCGUUCUUUAAAAAAAAAUUGUUGAACUUACCGUUCGUGUUAUUCUAAGUGUAUUCGCCCAAAAAUCACAAUAAAAAAAGUGAAAUUAAUCAACGAUAAACAAAGUGAACCGGAUUUUCUUUUCUAUUGUUCCACUUGUUACAAUAAAAUCGAGAAAAAGUGUAUUUUUCCGCAAAAAUUCAAGUGUUUUUUCAAAAGAUAGUUUCAAAACAAGAAGUAAAGACUAGUUGUUGUAAAUUUUUGUUUCAAUUCGAAUAAGUAUCGCCUACAAGACAUAAAGAAUGAUGGAAUCACCUCCGACAACUGAGGCUGUUUAUCAAGGCGUUUAUACACUAUACAACAAUACAAACACUGUUGAACAAGAGAAAGCAUCUAAAUGGCUGGAACAAUUACAAAAUUCGGUCUAUUCAUGGCAAAUAGCGGACGAAUUACUGCAGCAAAAACGAGAUUUGCAUUCGUGCUAUUUUGCAGCCCAAACGAUGCGAAAUAAAAUCCAAAAUUCCUUCCAUGAAUUACCAGAUGAAGCUCAUGUAUCGUUGCGAGAUUCAUUGAUUGCACAUCUUGGACAAAUUACAAUCGAUACAAAUUCGAUAAUUGUUACACAAUUGUGUUUAGCACUUGCCGACCUGGCGCUAUUAAUGUCACGCUGGAAAGAGCCGGUACGAGAUUUAAUCGAACGGUUAUCACGGAAUGAAAACAGUUUGUGGCCAUUGAUAAAUACGCUUUCAUUGAUUCCGGAGGAGAUCAGUUCACGAAAUUUGCGUUUGGGCGCAAAUCGACGUGAUGAAAUCCAAAAGCAUUUGGAAUCAAAUUCAAAAACGGUAAUUGAAUUGUUGGUCGGCAGUUUAACGAAUUUUGCGCACGCGAAUCCACCCAAAGUGUUGACCAUUGUUAAAUGUUUUACAUCAUGGAUAUGUUCACAUGCAAUUAAUGUUUGCGAUACGACCAACAAUGUCAUUGUUUCCGAAAGUUUUAAUCUGCUUAACAAUCCGGAAACUGAUAUAAAAGUCCAUGAUGCCGCAGCAGAUUUACUAUGCUCAUUUUUACAAUGUCUUGAGGUAAAUAAUCAUCCACAUAUUGAGCAUAAUAUAAUGCAAGAGGUGGUUAAAUUAGAAACGGCAUACCAUAUGUCGGUGGCACAGGAGGAAAUCGAUAAAGCAAUGAACUUUUGUCGCAUUUUCACCACUUUGGCCGAAUCAUUUUUGGACAAAAUGAUUAACACAGAACUCGAACAACAGCCACACUAUUCGAUUCAAUCAUUGGAUUUGGUACUGAAUUGCAUAAGCCAUUAUGAUUACGAAGUGGCCGAACUGACAUUCUCAUUCUGGUAUCGCUUGAGCGAAGAACUGUACCAGAAGAACAAUGACGAACUAUCAAAGCACUUUAGAUCAUACAUCGAACGAUUACUAUUUAGUCUGUAUAAGCUAUCGCAAAUGGAACCCGAUCACGAAGGAUUGCUUGAUGAAAAUGACAGUUUUACGGAGUUCCGCCGAAAAGUCUCGGAUGUCAUCAAAGACGUUGUAUUUAUUGUUGGAUCGAGCUAUUGCUUCAAACAAAUGUUCAUGCUAUUACAAGAGCCAAAUACGACAUGGGAAAGUAGUGAGGCUGCACUUUAUGUCAUGGAAAAUGUGGGGAAAAACAUUCUACCAGAUGAAAAUGAUGUGGUGCCAAAAGUAGCUGAGGCCAUUUUAAACCUGCCUGAAAACACUCAUAUUGCAUUCCGUUACACGUCGAUAAUGCUGUUGGGUGAAUUGUGCGAGUGGAUCGAUAAUCAUCCGGAGUCAUUGCAAGCUGUGCUCAACUUUUUGCUCUACUCAUUGAAUCAAAAGAAUGGUUUGGCGGCCGCAGCAGCAUCAGCCUUAACGCAAAUUUGUACAGCAUGUAAAUCACGAAUGACACCACACUUGAGUGGUUUAUUGCAAAUCGCACAAAGUCUUGAUACCUAUGAAAUAUCGAACGAUUCAUCGAUUAACAUACUGAAAGGAAUAUCAACCAUUAUCGGUCGAUUGCCAUUGGAUCAAAUAACCCAGCCAUUACAAGAGUUGUGUUCGUAUCAGCUAGGCUCAUUGCGUCAACUAUUAUUACAUCAAAACUAUUCAUCUGCCGAACGAACAAGUGCCAGUAAGCAAGAGCACAAUCUACGAAACGAUCCGAGUUUCUGGUUGGAUCGAUUAGCGGCAAUAAUACGUUACACAAAUCCCGAUGUUCGAGAGAAUGAGGUGCAUCCGUGUAUGGCUGUUUUAUGUGAAAUUUGGCCGAUUAUCUCUGAAAUACUCAGUAAAUACCAAACCGAAGGUCGAAUUAUGGAACGUGUAUGCCGAUGCAUACGGUAUGCAAUUCGAAGCAUUGGAAAGCAAGCGGCCCCCUUGCUAAACGAACUAGUUAAACAAAUGAUUGAAUUGUAUGCAACGCAUCAGCACAGUUGCUUCUUAUAUUUGGGUAGUGUGCUUGUCGAUGAAUUUGCCAACGUAAACGACGAUUGCACACGGGGUCUGCUUCAAAUGAUGGAAGCAUUCAUUCAACCAACAUUUACACGACUUCAAAUGGAAAAUGGCUUAAAAAAUAAUCCCGACACCGUUGACGAUUUCUUCCGGUUGUGUGCCCGUUUGCUGCAACGAUGCCCAAUUCCAUUUUUACAAAGUCCCAUCGUAACGCCGAUCAUACAAUGCGCAUUAUUAUCAUGUACACUUGACCACAAAGAUGCUAAUUUGUCUGUGAUGAAAUUCUUCUAUAGUUUAUUAAAUUGUGGACGACCACAACAAAAUCAUCACAGCAAUAGCAAUAAUAAUAAUACAAAUAACAAUGGCAAUUUGGUAAUAAAUGCACUCAAUGCACAAAAACAACAACUCGUUCGUCAAAUUGUACAAGAGCAUGGUCAAGCGCUUGUUGUAAAUCUCAUUCAGGCAUCCGUUUAUUAUCUACACUCAUACAUGCUUUCGGAUGUGGCCGAUGUUUUUCACGAAAUUAAAGAGAUCGAUGCACAUCAAUUGAGCGAUAAUCUACGAACGGCAGUCGAAUCACUACCAAAGACACAUGCCACAGCUCAACAACUUGACGAAUUCCAUAACAAUGUCAUGCGAUCCGAGACUCCAAAAGCCAUAUCACAUGCGCUUAAAGAUUUUACCCGACUUUUUAGAUAAAUAAAUGAAAUUAGUUGAGAUCAUGUUCAGAGACAACGACAGCGUCACAGAUAGAAAGCAACAGAGGGAGAAAGAGAUAGAGAGAGUGGAGAGGAGAGAGAAUGAGUUGGGACGAAUCUAGCCAAAUUUCAAUGAGAAUUAAUUUUAAAGAAAACCAAACACACACGCUUGCUCAUUUAGGGUGCAUUUACUUUAUACACAGCAAUCUAUAUCUACAUUUUUCCUCUACUAUUUCUCUUUUUUCAUCCAGAACAAUCGACAUUAGCAAAUUAAGACAACGGUUAACAUUCGUUUGCAAUUCAAUACAAUGUAACAUUUAUUAUAUGGCAUAUUAAGUAUCCUAACAAUUAUUUCAAAUGUAAACGUGAACUGAUACAUCCAUAACAAAAUUAUGAUGGAUAUUACAUGCAUUUUUUUCAUACAUAAAUUUAUGUAUUAGCGAGAAUACUAAAAAAAAUAUGUUUUGCCCGAUACAUUUUCAGAUGAAUUACAAGAUUUUUUUUUUAAAGAAAAAACCAUUAAUUUGAAUGUAGAAGUAAAAUCGAAACAAAAAUUAAGAAAUUUGGUCAGUGUCACACAUUGACGCGACAUUUUUUUUAGGUAGAAAAUGUAAAAAAAAAAUCCAAAAGUAAGAUACACUCUUUUGUAAUUUUUGACACAUACAGCAGCUAACGAACAGUCAUUAUUAAGUUCGUUAAUUAACCAGCGGAAAAAUUGUUGAUUUAAAUCUUUUUGGAAUGAAUAAUAAACAAAACCUAACAACAACAAAAAACAAAACAUAAUUUAAGAUUUGACACGAUAUUUGCCGAUGUAGAAUCUAAGAGAAUCAACCGAUUUGUGUGGAAUAUGCUAUAACAUGUAUUGAGAUGAAUGACAAAUAGUCAUCAGAUGAUGAAAACAGUGUGUCCAAAAAAUAAUUAUCUUUCGUGUCGAUUCGGUGUUUGUAAAAUGGUGUGCGGUGCCGCUGUGCGAUAAUAUCAACCAAGAAUACAUUGCGAAUGAUUGUCAUGCUGGAGAGAUUAACAACAAGAAUAUAUGAAAGAUGAAUGAUAUAUACCAAGAUAUCUCAUGUAAAAUUUGUAUCAUAGGCUGAAAAUGAAUAAAAUUAAUUACUAAUUAAAACCAAUUUUACAAAAGCUCAAA